AUGGAAGUUGUCAAGGAGCUCCAUGCUGCUGUGGCAAAUGCCUGCGAGGCCUCCUUCGACAAUGCCUAUAAACACAUGAAAUCCCAUAUUGAUGCACACGCCAAAGAGGCAGAAAUUAAAGAAUCAUUGGCCAGCCAAGCCCAGCGACGAUUAGAGAUCAGAAUCCGAGAACUUGAGCAUGAUAUCACGGUACUCCGGAGUGAGCUGCAACAAUAUGAAGUUGAUCCACGGGAUCUUGAACUUCCCGGGGAAUAUGCCAAUCUAGAGACCGAAUUUGACCCAAAGAACCUGUGGGGGGAUGGCCUGGAUGAUGAUGAUCACACUGUUCGGAAGUCUCGGAAAAGAGUUGAGGCCAGAUACACCGCGCUUUAUACGAAUUUACAGACCUUCAUCCAAACUUGGAGUGGUCUCAAAUCUCGAGUGUUGCAGCAUAAAAAGAAGUUACGGCGAUGGGAUCAGCAAUUAAAGCGUGGAGAAUUCUCGCUUGUUCUCAAUGGUCAACCCGUCACAUUCCGCAGAGUGGAAAGUCCCACCCCCGAGGAUGUCGACGGAAAACACUCGGAGGCGCAAGGCUUUUCGAAGAAACGUCCAAGAGAGGAGUGUACAGAUCUUCCUGCCAAGGCCAUCAGGUUGUCACAACGAAGGUCCUAUGCAGAUGAUGUGCAUGCAGAUAUAAGAGUUGAAGAUGAUAACCAAAGAGUAAUUCACGGCUUAACAUCAAAGCUGGCCUCCACUCAGUGUAACUCUCCUAGACCCGAUAUGGAACCCUCGGAAUCUUCUGAUACACUAUGUCUCAUAUCCAAUGUCCCCCGGCAGCAGCCUCCGCAGAGGCCCUCCCCAACACUUCCCGGCAGGCAUCUCGUGCAUACCCAGCCGGCGGCCAUGAGCUCAGGGCGCUCUACAGUUGUCAAAAAUGAAAUCUUGUCCUCGAGUCCAACCCGAAUCGGUUCAGUGCGCAACAGUGAACAGCCGUUUGUAAGCACGCAAGAUCUUGAUGAGAUAGGAGACACGAUACGCACACCAAUCAAACGGAAAGCCUACAGGGAUGUCAAUAUUGCAGGCGCUUGGAAUUCAGAGAACAGUACAAAUAACGCAAAUUACUCAAAGCGAAUUUCACUAGGCCAGCAAACAUCUCAACAGUCAUCUAUACUUCAACCAGUUGACGGCAACACACGCAGGGCCACAUUCUCUGCACAGGGGUGUUCCACGAAACGCCUUCAAGAUCUGGAGCAACGCGCAAUACCGGCUCUGGCGGAAGAUGGUGAUGGUGAUGGUGAUGGUGAUGGUGAUGGUGAUGGUGAUGGUGAUGGUGAUGCGACAUCUUUGCGGAUGUCUUCGAAGAUAGGCCCCGGUGUCAAUGUUGGACCGUCGGAAGCAAAGACAAAUGGUGGGUUUGCACAGAGACGUCUGGAAAAUCUUCUAGAACGAUCGGUACCAUCCAAAUCACCGCUUCAUUUAUUGAGCAAAGUCUUCGACCCGGACUCAACAAGGGCGAACUAUACACCGCACAGUGAUCAAACAACACCCAAGGCGUCGAGUCAAAUGGCUCCAGAUAUAGACCCUGAUGAUGAACCAUUCAGGGCAAGACCUCUUCGUCGUCUUGGGUUGGGACAUUUCAAAAUAAAUCCGGCUAGAAAUCAAGGGCUUGAUUACGCAUAUGAUGCAGUUGUCCGAAAGAAGGAUGACCGCAAAUGCAUAUCAGGUUGUACUCGCCCAGGAUGUUGUGGGGAUCGUUUCCGGGCCAUGGCCCGCCUUGGGGGCCUCCCCGGUAAAUCUGGAGCAGAGCAAGAGGAAGAAGACCAGGCAAUUCUACAAGAGUUUGUGGGAGAAGAUACACAAUUGCUUCGAAACAUGAGCGGCAAAGAGCGUGAAAAUCUCCUGGUGGAAGCGAGAGCCAGGGCCCUGGCCAACCAAUAUGGACGACAUCGGCAUACUCACCAGCGGGCUCAAUCCCCUCCUGGCUUCUGGCGGACUGAUAUGCCAGACACACAAGAGGUGGAAGAAGACCUUGAAGCUGCGAAGAGGUUGGAGCGUGAGAAAGUGGAAGAGCGAUAUCGAGAGGCUAUGCGCCCUGGGGGGUUAUGGACAUGGGCGGAUGAAUAA